AUGAAGGUAAUUUUGCCCGUGCUCGUCCCCCCUAACGCCAUACCUCCAUACACCCCUGCGUCCCCCCCACAUUCUUCUCCCACCCCCUUUCCCCACGCCCUUCCCUCACGCCCGUCCCGCACCCCACCUCUUCCCCGCACCCCCCCAGGGCGGCUGCUGUGGAGGGGUGAGGAGGGGUGGCAGUGCACUUUGGAGCUGCUGGCAGUGGCGGAGGGGGAGCUCAGGCUCUCUGCCCUACUGCCAUUCCCCAUACUCCGUCCAUACACCCCUGUUCUCAGUGCACAUUCCCUCUUCUCACGCCCUCCCCCGCCCCAACCCCGCAGGGCGGCUGCUGUGGAGGGGGGAGCAGCACAGCAGCUGAAGCUACAACAGUCGGUGCCACAACAGCAGCAGCAGCAGCAGCAGCAGCAGCAGCAGCAGCAGCAGCAGCAGCAGCAGCAGCAGCAGCAGCAGCAGCAGCAGCAGCAGCAGCAGCAGCAGCAGCAGCAGCAGCAGGGUCUCCUCGGCUCCACAUGGGUGUCUGCCCGCGCUCCUCACCGCAUUGUCGUUGGUGCCACCAACCACAACCUCCCGCUCCCCCCUGUGCCUUUUACACCAUAUCCUUCUUUUCCCCACAGCACCAGCACCGGCACCAGCACCACCACCAGCACCACCACUCCAUCAUCUCCCCCCUUCGCACCCUUCCCGCCUCCCCCUCCCGAUGAAAUCGCUGCAGCCUCGGCCACCCUUGUCACCUCCCUCACCUCUCUCCUCCCAGCUCUUUCCGCCUGGGAGAUAGUGCGCAGUGUGACAGGCAUAAGGGCUAUGCCCCCUCGCUCAUCCCUAGGCCGUGUGCCAGUGGCGGGACGAGUGGAAGGGGUGGUGCUAGGGGUGGUGGGGGGAGGGAGUGAGGGGAGGAAUGGGCACGGGGGGGAGGUGGAGAGGGGCGGUGCGUUGGGAGGGAGUGAGGGCGUGGGAGAGAAGGGCGUGGAGGAAGGUGGUGUUGCUGGCGCUGCUCCUGCUGCUCCUGCUGCCCCACAGGGCCCAUCGGUGUGGAUAGUGGGAGGCCUUGGGUCACGCGGUCUGAUAUACCAUGGGUGGGUGGCGAAGCACGCUGCUGCAGCAGCAGUGGAGGGAGAUGAGCAGCUGGUGCCAUCUGAACUGCUGUGGUGGAAGCAGCAGGGAGGAAAGAGCAAGGUGGAGGGAGGACGGGGAAGAGAGCCGAGGAGGAAUGAUGGUAGAAAGGGAGGAAGGGGAGGGAAAAGUGAGAGUGGGUGA